CGUGCCGGAGACUCCGGCCCGGAAGGAGGUUUCGGUGUCCAUGCGUAUGCCUGGCGGUGCUCUACAGACGCCGCGAAAUAAGAGCACGAAUAAGAGUAAGGUCAGGAUGCUCGAUGCGAUGGGCCGGGAGGUCGAAGAGCCUCCCGAGCAGAAUGACAGUGAGGACACCGUGACGGAAGGUCCCAUUGGUCGAGCGGAGGCACUGGCUCGCGUCAAGAAAGCUGUAAAGGAUCUUCACGUCGGCUUGAGCGAAGUAGACACCUCGAUCGACUUAGCUGUCGAUGAUGUACGAUUGAGCGAGCUUCACGGUGUAUCGAAAGCCGCUCGCGAAGCAAGGUCUAGAAUUUCUUCCUCGCUGAAGCAGGCUCAGGAUGCUCAGUCGAAGCUUAGGAGUAAUUAUGGCCCCUUGAGAGAAGGUAUGCGGAGGGCCAGAUUCAUACCCGAUAUCUCCCCGGUGCGACGGUUAUCCUGGAACCCUAGGACGUUCAUCGGCGCCUUUCUCCUUCAAUUUAUACUUAUUAUGAUCAUGUACCGCCUCUCAAUCCGCUAUGCGAAACAUCAGUUCCUUACCACAUACUUUGACCCAUUCUACGCCGAUCUUUACCUCUAUCCUACGAAACCUGACGCUGUUUAUGACCCAACCAUCUACACGUUCUCGCCCUCUUCACCAAACCGCACUGCCAUCGCUGAAUGGCUCGAGCAAUUUGGUGCCGGAUUCCUAGUCACUCUUUGGACAGGUCUGACGGAAGCCGGUGCCAGGUGGCUGCGCACCAUCAUGGAGGUCAUACCCGAUGAAGUCAAUUACGGCGACUUGAGGUCGUGGCCCCCGACAUAGCUGUCUCUUGCCCAUGAAAUCUACGGCCUACAACUCUCGCUAUGCUCAAGAUGCAAGCACCCGCGCUACACCCCUUUGGUCCCAUGAAAUCCUUUUAACAUCUUUCCACGCAACAUGCGAUAUACUCUUUGAAACUUUGGUUUAUUAGCUCCCUAGCUUUUUCUUUUUCUCUCUAAAGGGCGACAUGGUCGUUUGAUGCCAGAUACAAACCUCCUUCUACUGACUCUUUUUGAUUGGCAACGUUCUUGUGUAUGUUUUCUGACAUUGCUGGUCGUUCCCUGUUGUACUACCUUACUUAUCAAUUUCAUCGGGACUGAAAGCCGGGGUUGACCGC